AUGGUUGAAACUCUGCAACGUCGCAAGCAAGUAUUAUGGAGUCAGAUUGAAUCUGAACAGGGUGUCUUUAGUGACAUCCUGUCGCGAUUGCCUGUUCAAUCUAUACGUUCCUUUCAGACAAUCAACAGAUACUGGUAUGGCUCAGUUAGAAAUAAGCUUUUUGCUAAGCAGCAGUUAAAUAGAUCAAGGGAGAAUCCCACAUUCAUUGUCGGUCAAAUUAGGGAUAGUAAAAUGAAGUUGUAUUCGAUGAAACCAGGAAGUUUCAAACUUUCUAAUGUGAAUAGGAUUAAUCCUUCUGAGAGAAGUGAUCAAGAACAGAUGUACAUGAUAUCGUCCUUCAACGGACUUAUUUGUUGCAUAAAUCAGAGAUGUGACAAAGAUGUAGAAAACGAGUUAUGUGAUCUGCAGAUAUGGAUUUGUAAUCCGUGUACGGGGGAGACACUCCUUCUUCCACAAGGGAGACCCUCGUAUCAGUUUGUGCCUAGUGUCGGAGUAGCUUAUCACUCCGACAUUAGUGAUUACGAAGUUUUUCGCAUAUUCUGCGCGGGAAAGAAAAGGGUAUUUGAUAGAUUUGUUAUUCAAGAUGGUCAUAUGGUUAGAAAAUAUCGUUUUGAUCUCGCAUAUGAAUGUGAGAUGUAUUCUUCAAACACUGUUUCUUGGAAAAACAUCGGCCCCGUGCCUUGUCUUCCGAUGGAAUCUUAUUUUAGUCCAUUAAGAUCUGGCCAUGUUUUUAUCGGAGGAAAAGUUUACUGGCUAUCAUCCUUAGUUGAUGGUGGUAAGAUUCUAUCUGUAGAUUUGAGAGGGAGAUUCGAGGUGAUUCAGUUGCCUCCUUACCCAGAUGGCCUAAAAGAGGAAGAUAGCAUAACUGAGGCUAGCUAUCUGAUCAAUCUGAGAGGAGCUCUCUCAAUGGUUAUUCUACAUCCGGGCUACAUGGAUACAUGGGUACGGAAGGAAGGCGACAAGACGUCUAGUACUUGGGUACUUGAAUACGUAGAUAAGACUCCAAUCGACGACCUCGAGUUGGUUUUAGCCAUGACGUCAUCAGAAAACCAGAUCAUAUGCAUGACUGACAAACGUUGGUAUUAUUUUGAUGUGGAUACUGGAACCUGGAGCAAGAAAAGGGUGAAUUCUGCUGCAUUUGAGAGUCCUGCUGUGUUCCCUUUUACUGAAAGCGUACUUCCAUGUAAUGGCGGUUUGAUGUUGUAG